AUGGGUAACAAGCAAGCAGUCUUCACUCAUGAGCAGCUGGAAGCUUAUCAGGACUGCACCUUCUUCACGAGAAAGGAAAUCAUGAGGCUCUUCUAUCGCUACCAGGACCUGGCCCCUCAGCUUGUCCCUCUCGACUAUACCAGCUGCCCUGACGUGAAGGUGCCCUAUGAGCUCAUUGGCAGCAUGCCUGAGCUGAAGGACAACCCCUUCCGUCAGAGGAUCGCCCAGGUCUUCUCCGAGGAUGGGGAUGGCCACAUGACCUUGGACAACUUCCUGGACAUGUUUUCUGUGAUGAGUGAAAUGGCUCCCCGUGACCUCAAAGCCUACUACGCUUUUAAAAUUUAUGACUUUAACAACGAUGACUACAUCUGUGCGUGGGACCUGGAGCAGACGGUGACUAAGCUGACUCGGGGGGAGCUGAGCGCUGAGGAGGUGAGCCUGAUAUGUGAGAAGGUGCUGGAUGAAGCCGAUGGGGACCACGACGGGCGACUCUCCCUGGAAGACUUCCAGAACAUGAUCCUUCGGGCACCAGACUUCCUCAGCACCUUCCACAUCCGCAUCUGAGGGCACCACGGAGGAGGAGCCGGGCCAGAGGACGUCGGGGCGAACCCCUCAUCCUGCUGUGAAGUCUGGUUUCCCUGGGCUCUGGGAAUAAACGCACAUCACUGAGUCAC